CAUUCAGUCACUGUCUUUCUAUCUAGAAAUGGACAGCACAUGCUUUCCUUCUUUGAUCUCACCGAAGUUCUGAGAAAGAAUUACACGUUUUGUUGUUUUAGGAUCACCGUGUGUUUUACUGAGGGGUUUUCUGUGUCCGCAUGCGCGUGCAGGAGUGUGAGGGACUUUCCUUGAAAGAGAAAAAGAAAGGCACGUAGGAGAUGAUCCCUGUCAUGCACCUGUAAUGCUCCCAGAUUUCCUGGACACCUGGAGUGAUCGCUGGAGCGUGAAGAGCGCGGAAUGACCACUAGAUGUCUUUCACUAUGACAAGGGGAAUCACAGCAUAGAUCAACAGUGAAACAUGGAGUGAAGCGUUUUGCGCACCGGUCAGGAAGGAUGCCCGAGCGAAGAUGUGCAGCAGCCGGAAGAUCAUCUGGAGUUUGUUGGUUCUGUCGACGCUGGAGAUAGGGCUCGGGGUGUCCAGCAUCGUCCUGGGCGCGGUGGGCAUCAUCCGGGCGAAAGCCGAGCACAAGACCCAGCAGGGCGACGCUUCUCCGGUAUGGAGCGGAGUGUGUUUUCUUAUCUGCGGGCUGUGUGGCAUGCUGUGUGCACGGAAGAGGACAGGACUGAUUAUGAUCCUAUUUUCCUCCUGCUGCAUUUGUGGCUUAAUUGGCGGAAUCCUGAACUUCCAGUUUGUCCGCGCACUGGUCAAGCGUCCGGACACCAUGCGCUCUCUUCAUCUGGCCGUCAUGUCUCUAGCGUGUCUGGGCAUCAGCAGCUGCACGCUGUCCACGUGGUUGACCUGCAGACUGGCCAGCAGCGAACAGCAGCGCAUGUUUCUGGAGAGAGAACAUUCACUCCAUCACUCGCACGAGAUGGCAGAGAAGGUACGACAGGAGCUGGAGGUUUUGGAUAACACCAGCAAUGCCAUCUCUCAAAUCUCCUACAACGGGCGGAGCGCUUCUCCAUGACGGCUCGCCGCCCACACACUCUCGCCUGCACAGUUCUUCACUCUGAUUGGCUGAGUCGAUCUGACAGGGGAAGCAGAGACUGUAGACGCAGCGUCAGAUGUAUUGAACAGACAGACAGCCAAUCAGUGUCCAGUUACCUGAUGACCUCAGGAGACCUUGACAACCAGCGUACAGAAAAGAUAUUUGAGUACAAAACAAGCAUGCAAAUGAUCUUCUCUCUCUUUCUGUAACUCUUCCUCUCUUCCUGUAUCUAGAUAAAGGGAAUGUUGAAUCUGAAAUUGUAAUCCUGAUAUUGUAUGGUAUACCGAAUGCUUUUAUCCUGACCAUAUCAAAUGCCUGUAAAGAUAUUUAUUCAUUUACAGUAUUUUUAUAUAGGGGCUUCAUAUGAAAAUGAAAUAAAGAUGUCAA